CGUAUCGCCGUAGAGCUCCCGCCGGGAGCCUUGCUAGUAGCAUUGUUGCAUCCGAAAGGACUGCGCCACCUGCCGCCCGCAGCCGCCGCGCCGGACUCGCCGCGCCGGUUGCCGGGCAGCAGGCAGCGAAGUACCGCGCGGCGCCCGCUCGGGCGCCGCGCAAGCGAGCGUAGCCGCGCCGCGUCCUUCGGGGCGCCGCGCGUGCUAGCGCAAGUCGCGCGGCGCCUCGUCGAAGGCGCCGCGCUAGACAGAAGAUGGUCGCGGCCCCGGCGCCGGCCGCGUUCGCGCCGGCGCACGUUAAAGUAAGAGUGGCCCGCCCCGUCGAGGGCUGUGCAUUGAAGCCGUCAGCGCAACUUAGAAGCAGCGCGGGCCACGAGGACGGCAUCACGUUUCGGUGGCGGUGGUUGCGUUCGAGAGCCGCGGUCGCGAAUUGCGCCGCGCCCGGCUGCCCCAUCGCCCACGAUUAUGAUCCGGUCUCGGCGGGACGAAGAAGAUCAAAGGCCCUGCAGUGCGCCAUCUGCGCCAAGGAGGCCAAGGGCGACAAGAGCGCGCCCGAGCCGGCGACGUUUUGUUCACCGGCGUGCUUCGUGGCGGCCUGGCCGGCCCAUAAACGGACGCACAAGCCGCCUAGAGAAAGAUCGGCAUCGAACGCGUCGUCUGAUGUCUGUGCGCCGUCAGCAGGGACGUCCAAGGAUCUCGUAGAGAGUCAAACGAUGCUAGACGACGACAAGUGGGAGUCUGUCGGGGAAGAUGCCGAAUACUUACCCGGUCGGGAAGAUAUUGGUAGGAGAUUACGUGUAGAGUGCCUGGCGAUGCGGACGGUGAACGGUGAGGAAACGCUCCGAGCGCGAGGUGCUGUCAGUACGGAGCCCGUCCUCCAGUCCCCGCGGGCCGCACCGUCGAGGCAGUGGCUCGGUGAGUCGACGGAAGGCCAAGAUGCCCUGCGAGUGUGCUCCUACAACGUCCUGGCCGAAAUUUACGCGACGGCGCACGCGUACCCGUACUGUCCUAGAUGGGCGCUAGAUGGGGGCUACCGCUGCUCCCUAGUGGUCCAGGAGCUCGUCGACGCCGACGCCGACGUCGUCUGCCUGCAAGAAGCGCAGCGCGACGCGUUCGAGACGUACCUCGAGCCGGCGAUGAAAAGAGCAGGGUACGAGGCUUUAUUUACGCAGAAGAGCAGGGAGGCCAUGGGCGCCGCCGGCAAGGUCGACGGCUGCGCGACGUUCUGGAAGGCCCAAAAAUAUAGAGUGGCGGAGCAGCGCGAGCUGCGCUUCAACGACCUGGCCUACGCGGAGGCGCGCGCGAACCGGUUGAGCGAGCGGGACGAGCACGCGUAUCUGACGCGACUGGUCAAGGACAACGUCGCCCAGUUGCUCGUGCUGGAGGACUAUCCUGCUCCUGGAAGACGUUCGAGGCGCCUCGCGGUGGCGAACACGCACCUCUACUCGCACAGAGACUUCCCGGACGCGAAGCUCUGGCAGAGUCUCUCGUUGAUCCGGCAGCUCGACGCCUUCUGCAACAGACAAAGGGAGACGCUGCCGUGCAUCAUGGCGGGCGAUCUCAACAGCGGACCUGACAGCAGUGUCUACGAGUUCCUCGCGACGCAGGGCGUUUCCCGAGGCCAUCCCGAUUUACAACCGAGACACACCGCGCAAGGCUUCCCGGUCAACGUGCUGCCCGACGCGCGGCAGAUCGCGCAUCGGUUGCCGCUCGUGAGUUCGUACGCGUCCGUUUUAGGCGUCGAGCCCGAUUUCACGAACCUGACGCAGCAGUUCCGGGGCACGCUGGACUACAUCUGGUACGACUCGUCGGCGAUCCGGUGCGCGGCGGUGGCUCCUGUGCCUCCUCUCGAGCAACUCACUCGCGCGGGACCCGCGCUGCCGUCGCCGCAGUACCCGUCGGACCACGUCGCGCUGAUCGCCGACUUCGUCUUCCUCCCCUAAGCCGAAUCACACCCGUACUGUAACAUUAUUUACUCGGAAU